UGCCGAACCAAUUAGAUGGAUCACAUUCACGUUGGGCCAAAGCUGCCCGGAUCAAAUUCUGAUGAGAGCCACCUUGCACCACCUUAACAAGUUGGCGAAUCGUUCGCACCAUGCUGAAGACCGAGAAGUCAGCUAUGCGAUGCGACUGCUCCAAAGGGGCAACAGCGUGUCAAAUGGGCUCGAUGAUGAGGAGCGACCUUCCAUUCCGCCAGAGGAGUUCGAGAGGUGUAAGAAUCUGGCAUGGGAUCUCAAUAUCUCCGAGGGUGCAGGAACCCUGACAACUUUGAAUUGCUGCUGGGCCUUAUUGCGUCUUCUCGAGUUCCUGCAAGAUUUGAUCACCCGGGAGGAGAUCGAUGUUCGCUUCAAAUUCAGAUGGCGGUUAAUUGAGUUUAUCUUUUUGCUGGGCGUGCUGUUCCCGCUUGCCCGCGCGAUAAGAGAGCCAAGGACGCUGAUGUACUUUCCCAUCUUGGCCAUGUAUUUUAUCUAUGUGGUACUGAUCGGCCUGCCUCCCUUGACGUUUUCCUGUGAGGAGUUGGCUGCAAAUCUGCAAAAGUUCAAUAGCACGAACCGCGAGGACUUGAACGAACGGCUCCACCAUAAUGACUGCGGCUUGCAGGGAGAGACUUUGGUGCAAGUAAUGAUGGCAUGGCUCAUGCUCACGCCUCGGGUGAUGCCUACCAUGACGAUGAUGCGCUUCACAUGGCUAUGGAUUGCUGCAUACUUCGGUUGUGCCUGCGUGUGGGAUUGGGCUGAGAAGAAUUGGGCUGAGAAGAACGGGACAGCAGUUCCGCACACCCAACAGGCCAAGCAGUUCCGGGACCUGCUUCUCAUCGUCCUCUUGCUUUGUUGCGUCAACCUCUUCGCAGUAGGAAGGAAGUACUACCUGGAGAAGGGGCAGCAAACAAAAUUCAUCUAUGACUGGCAGCAGCGUGAGGCCACUCAGCAGAUCUUCCGAAUUUUGGAGUACAUGGUGCCCGUCCAUGUGAUCGUGCCAAUGCUCAAGAAACCGGGCUCUGUGAUUGCGGAUGAGGUGAAAUGUGCCUCCAUCCUCUUCGUAAUGUUUUCUGACUUUGACCAGACUGCUCGCAGGAAGCAGCCAGCGGAGCUGCUAGACUAUUUAAACUCCUACUUCACCCAGUUUGACAAGAUCUGUGCUCAGCACGAGGUCACGAAGAUCGAGACUGUGGGCGAAGAGUACGUUUGUGCAGUGGGUGUUGUACCAAGAGAUUGGGAGGUUAAUGAUGCCUUGGGCCAUGCGGUCAUUCUGCACCGCCUGAUCAAGGCGGCAACCGAGAUCUUGCAAGUUCAGCGAGAUUCCGAUGAGGAGGUGAAGCUCAAGAUGGGAAUUCACACCGGUCCUGUGGUUGCUGGAGUCAUUGGACAGAAGCUGCCAAGGUUUCGCCUGUUUGGAGACACCAUCAACACGGCAGCCCGCAUCAUGCAGAAGGGGCUGCCUGGCGAGCUGCAGUUCGGCAAGGCCACGAAAGACAAUUUGCCUCCUGGAGUGAAAUGCCGCUUUCGCGACAACAUUGAAAUGAAGGGCAAAGGGAAGGUACCUACGUGGCUCUUAGGGGCUGAGGAGGCACUGCAGCCCCAGACAGAGCCAAGAGUGGAGCCCGCGCCCAAGCCGGAGCCCGCCAAGACCGCCAAAAAGCGAGUGAGCUUCGCGGAAACAAGGGAUUCGACUUCCUCCAGGGGCUCCCGGCCGUCGAUUACUGAUGCGCUCCGCAGUGUCGACGCGCAGCUGCCAUCGACGCCAGAUGGGGACGAAGCCUGGAAUGUGGUGCAGCAGCUUUCCGAGAGGUCCAGAAAAGCGAAUGCAGAAAGGAGAGAUCGAAGACCGUCAAGGGAGACCGGCCAAGGCGGCCAGGGCAUUGAAAUGUCCGACGUGACCCCAAGGAGGUCGAGUAUUCUGAGGCGUUCUACGAGAGAGGGCGGUUCUUUCAGUCGCCGUUCCUUGCUGGAUGAGGAGAACCCAGACACUGUCCGUCGUUCCUCUCGGACCAGUGAGGUGUGGAUUGACCCCACCUUUGAUGACGUUCUGAGGAAGGUCACUGCUGAUGAUGAAAGGCCUGAUGAGAGUGUGACAGUGCCUUCUUUGCUCGCAAGGUUGAAACGAUGGUCGAGUCCUGGUCGGGAAGGCUUCACCAAGGAGUUGGAGGAUAAGUUUCACCGCUGGUUCCACGAGAACACCACCUGCAAGAAGCUGGACACUCGCCUGGACCGCCAGGCACUGGUAAUUUCGGUGCUGACCACCGUCGACAUGCUCUACGGUGUCUUUGUCUCGCAUGUCUUUGAGAAUGACAGCUUCGGAAGGUUUUCAGCGAAGAUCCGUUUACCGGUGUUUCUUUGCAGUCGGCUGGCCAUUUUCUUUAUCAUUUUGGCCUGGCGUGUUGCAUAUGCCUCCAAGCAUGCAAUGCUCAGCUACCAGAAGGCUUACUACGGACUGCUGGUGUCAUACUGUGCAAUUGCGACGCUGAUGGUUUUCUCCUACGACGCUCUCACAAAGUCGCCGGAAUUUGACAGCAAUGGUGACAUCAAGGACCAGGAGACAAGUAUCCACAGCGUGCUCAUUAUGCCGAUGUUCCAGCUGAUCAUCACUCAGAAUCCUUCGAACCCCCAGAAUCCCCAGAAAGGCUGA